AUGGCGGGCGGGCGGCGGCGCCCUGCGCUGCCGUGCGCCGCCGCCCUGCUGCUGGGGGUGGCUCCGUGGUGUGCUGGGCAGUCGGUGUACUUCGAGGUCCUGAGCUUCCGCGAGCCAGGCCAGUGCGAGCGCCACCAGUGCAUGUCCGCGCGCCGCGACGAGUGCCGAGAUCACCUGGAGGGCUACUACCUGAAGGAGAAGGGCUGCCCCGACGGGCAGAUCUGCACCAGGUGCACGUACCCGGCCGCGAACUCCACGGACCCCACCAUCUGCGAGUGCGAGAACCCGCCCUUCUCCACCAUCGCGGACUACAACCAGGACCGGGUGUCGCGGGCGAGGGGCGGGGAUCGUGCGGGCAGGGGGACAGUGAGGGGGGCAGGGUGUGGAAGGGGCGCGGUCGUGCGGCGGGAUGGGGCCUCGGACCUGUGA